CUGAGCCUGGGGUCUGAGAGCCCACGUGGGCUGGGCUUCGGGGUGAGCGGCCGACUCGGCCCCGCCGGAACCGGGGCAGUACUGGGCGUCAUGGGGAAGCUGCGCCGGCGCUACAACGUCAAGGGGCGCCUGCAGGCGACCCCCGGCGCCUCGAAGGGCCCCCCGGAGCCGCCCCCCGUGCGGCUGGAACUAGAGGAUAAAGACAGGUUGAAAGGAGUAGAUGCAAGUAAUGCACUCGUUUUGCCGGGAAAGAAGAAAAAGAAGCCUAAAGCCCCUCCCCCGUCGAAGAAGGAGAAGAAGCCUCUGACCAAGAAAGAGCGGAAAAUGCUGCAGAAAAUCUUAGAACAGAAGGAGAAAAAGAGCCAGCGAGUAGAGAUGCUGCAGAAAUUGAGCCAAGUCCAGGUUUCGGAAGCCGAGCUGAGCCUGUUCUACACCACGUCCAAGCUGGGCACUGGGGACCGCAUGUACCGCAGCAGAGAGAAGUCUGACAAGAUCGAAGCCCAGGGACAGGAGAAGAUCAGCAGCCUCAGCGGGGCCCACCGGAAGCACUAUCGCCAGGAAGAGGAGGAAUCGGAGUCCUCAGUGGAGUCUGAACCCGAUGAGGCCCCUGCCGCUGAGCUGGUGGAUACUGGUGCAGAGAAUGGGAGCCCAGGGCCCAGUAGCCAACCCCGUGUGGCCGGGACUACCUCGGCACCUCCCGCAGCGGCGUCCACCCCGGCCAGGGCCCCAGCAAAGCCUGCCAUCUUCGUUCCUGUGAACCGCACCCCUGAAAUGCAGGAAGAACGGCUGAAGCUCCCCAUUCUCGCUGAAGAACAAGUGAUCAUGGAGGCGGUGGCCGAGCACCCCAUCGUCAUCGUGUGCGGGGAGACCGGCAGCGGGAAGACCACGCAGGUGCCACAGUUUCUCUACGAAGCAGGCUACAGCAGUGACAACAGCAUCAUCGGCAUCACGGAGCCCCGCCGAGUGGCUGCCGUGGCCAUGUCCCAGCGAGUGGCCAAGGAGAUGAAUCUGUCACAGAGGGUCGUCUCCUACCAGAUCCGAUAUGAAGGAAACGUGACUGAAGAGACCAGAAUCAAGUUCAUGACGGAUGGCGUGUUGCUCAAGGAAAUCCAGAAGGACUUCCUGCUGCAGAGAUACAGGGUGGUGCUCAUCGACGAAGCCCACGAGAGGAGCGUGUACACGGACAUCCUCAUCGGCCUUCUGUCCCGCAUCGUGUCUCUCCGGGCGAAGAGGCACGUGCCGCUGAAGCUGCUCAUCAUGUCGGCCACGCUGCGGGUGGAGGACUUCACAUGCAACCAGCGGCUCUUCCCCCAGCCGCCCCCGGUCAUCAAGGUGGAGUCCAGGCAGUUCCCGGUGACGGUGCACUUCAACAAGCGGACCCCGCUAGAAGACUACAGCAGCGAGUGCUUCCGGAAGGUCUGCAAGAUCCACCGAAUGCUGCCAGCAGGUGGCAUCCUGGUGUUCCUGACGGGGCAAGCAGAGGUGCACGCGCUGUGCCGCAGGCUGAGGCGAGCCUUCCCACACCCCAGACGCAGGCCGCCAGAAAAAGAAGAUCAAGAAGAUUCAGUAGAGGAAAUGCGGAAGUUUAAGAAGUCAAGGACAAGGGCAAAGAAGGCCCAGGCGGCGACGUUGCCCCAGAUCAGUUUGGACAACUACUCGGUGUUGCCAGCAGGCGAAGGCGACCAGGACAGGGAGGCAGAGAUGGACGAGGAGGAGGAGGCAGCCCUGGGCUCCGACCUUGACCUGGACUUGGGGGAUGACGGAGCAGACGGAGGUGAGCAGCCAGACGCCUCGCUCCCCCUCCACGUGCUCCCACUCUACUCUUUGCUCGCCCCAGAGAAGCAAGCUCAGGUCUUCCAGCCUCCCCCAGAGGGGACGCGGCUGUGUGUUGUGGCCACCAACGUGGCCGAGACGUCCCUCACCAUCCCGGGCAUCAAGUACGUGGUGGACUGUGGGAAGGUCAAGAAGCGGCACUACGACCGUGUCACCGGCGUGUCCUCCUUCCGUGUCUCCUGGGUGUCCCAGGCCUCAGCCGAUCAGCGGGCGGGCCGGGCGGGCCGGACGGAGCCGGGCCACUGCUACAGCCCCAAAGUCUCUAUGGCUCCGUCUGUUUUGGACAUUUCACGUAAACGGAAUCAUUCUUGUAAACGUCUUCAGGGGUCACCCCCAAUGCGGCAUGUGUCGGUACUUCAGUCCUUUCCGGCUGAGUCAGGCCCCGUCGUGGGCCUGGGCCGGGCCAUCUUCUGUGCAGCCGUUCAUCUGUCAGUCAUCAACUUCCCCUUUCCAACCCCUCCCUCCGUGGAGGCCCUCAUUGCCGCCGAGGAGCUGUUGGUCGCACUGGGUGCCCUGGAGGCACCCCAGAAAACAGAGAGCAUGAAGCAGCUACAGAGGUCCCGGCUGAGCUGCCCCAUCACUGCGCUGGGCAGGACCAUGGCCAUGUUCCCCGUGGCGCCCCGCUACGCCAAGAUGCUGGCACUGAGCAGGCAACACGGCUGCCUGCCCUACGCCAUCACAAUUGUGGCUGCCAUGACAGUCCGCGAGCUGUUCGAGGAGCUGGACAGACCUGCGGCCAGCAACGAGGAGCUCACCAAGCUGAAGGACAAGCGGGCCCGGGUGGCCCAGAUGAAGAGGAUCUGGGCGGGGCAAGGCGCCUCUCUCAAACUCGGAGACAUCAUGGUGCUGCUGGGUGCUGUGGGAGCCUGCGAGUACUCUGGCUGCUCGCCCCAGUUCUGCGAGACCAACGGGCUUCGGUACAAGGCCAUGCUGGAGAUCCGGCGCCUGCGGGGCCAGCUGACCACUGCAGUCAAUACUGUGUGCCCUGAGGCCGGGCUUUUCGUGGACCCCAAGAUGCAGCCGCCAUCUGAAAGCCAGGUGACCUACCUGCGGCAGAUCGUGGUAGCCGGCCUGGGCGACCACCUGGCCCGUAGGGUACAGAGUGAGGACCUGCUGGAUGACAAGUGGAAGAAUGCCUACAAGACCCCUCUCCUUGAUGACCCCGUCUUCAUCCACCCCAGUUCCGUCCUUUUCAAAGAGCUCCCUGAGUUUGUGGUCUACCAGGAAAUUGUAGAGACCACCAAGAUGUACAUGAAAGGCGUUUCGGCCGUGGAGGUCCAGUGGAUCCCGGUCCUGCUGCCUUCUUACUGCCAGUUCGACAAGCCCUUGGAGGAGCCGCCCCCCGCCUACUGCCCGGAGAAGGGGCGGGUAAUCUGUCACCGGGCCAGUGUGUUCUAUCGUGUCGGCUGGCCGCUCCCUGCAGUGCAGGUGGAUUUUCCGGAGGGCAUUGACUGUUACAAGCACUUCGCCCGGGUUCUGCUGGAAGGGCAGGUCUUCCACAAGCUGGCCUCCUACCGGGGCUGUUUGCUGUCCAGCCCUAGCACAAUGCUGAAGACGUGGGCCAGGCUGCAGCCCAGGACAGAGAGUCUCCUGAGAGCCCUUGUUGCUGAGCGAGCCAACUGCCGAGAGGCCUUGCUAGCUACUUGGAAGGAAAACCCCAAAUACCUGCUCGCUGAGUACUGCCAGUGGCUUCCACAGGCCAUGCACGCCGACGUCGAGAAAGCCUGGCCCCCCACCUCUGACCGCUGA